AUGGAUCCUCUUACCGUUGACGGCGAAAAGGCUCACUCUGAAGAGCUCGAUCCAGUUCUCCCAAAUGUCGCACCUUGCGAUAGCCCUCCUCAUAAAAGUCCUCCUCGCAACAGUCCUCCUUGGGACAGCCCUCCCGAUGACAGCCCGCCUCGCCACAGCCCUCUCACCAGACAAUUCCUCGAAGACUACGACAAUGAGGACGAGGAUGACGAAAUUCUGGAAUGGAAUUCGAUCUCCAGCAUGUCAAUCUCAUCAGACUCUGAAAGUGAGAAUGACAACGCCGAAGACAGCACAAGCGGACGACCAGGUGUAAGACUGAGAGAAAGUGACCAUCUCUCGCCAUCUCCUCACAACACUCCCAACGAUAAUGGCUCACCGCGAUCAUCAUCUCAGCCAGCAUGUUACCUCGGAUGUUCCUCACCAACGGACAAGAAGUACGACGGUCUCAAGCACAGAGAAGAGUCACCAGCCCCCAACGACAAUGACCUCCCAACAGUUGUCAAGGAAAAGCACUUCGAGGGGGAAAACGACAUGAUGAGCGGCGCAGUCAGCCCAGACGACGAGAUCAAGGUGCUGUCCACAUUCACAGAUGAUACCAUCAUGUGUGUGGCCAAGAACGACCUGUCUGCAGCGCUGUCUCAUAUGCCACUCAAGGUCAUCGGCCGAUACGAGCUGGCCACAUUGCACCUCCCGUUCAACGACAUGCGGUCUCUGCGCUUCCUGCCGUUCAAUUACCUCAGCACCUACCUCGGCGUGAAGCGGGCGAUUGAAGAGGUCACGCAGCACCCGGGAUACACAGACCAGGAUUUACUCCAUGCGUUGCUCAAGCGCGGCGGCUCCUCAAGACGGAGAGUCGUCUAUCCGGAGUACAUUAACUCUUUCUUUGGGUUUGGGCGUGCUGAUGAAGACGAUGAGGAGAAAGCCUACAAGUACGACCUUGCGUACUGGCAGCAAUUGUAUGAACUGGGUGAAUUCUGGGAAUACAUCGAUGUCCCCUGA